CCAGCCACAUUCAGCUGACAAAGUCAAAUCCAAGCAAAAUGCAUUCCUCUACCGCUAUUCUGUUUCUUGGCCUGGCCUGUGUUUGCCUCACCUCCAGUGCUCUGGCUUAUCCUUAUCCGGAACCGCAAGGACCUGUCGAUCUGCAGCCUCAACCCUUGGCGUAUUCCCCCGAUUUUGGCAACGUGGCCGUGCCCCGAGUGCGCCGCCAGUUUCAGUUGAACGGCGGCGGCGGUGGCAGCCCCAGGCAGGGAUUCGACUUGAACCUCAACACCCGGGUCCCCGUCUGGCAGAGCAACAAUGGACGCCACUCCUUUGAUGCCACGGGCCAGUAUGCCCAGCAUCUGGGCGGACCCUACGGCAACAGUCGCCCUCAAUGGGGCGCUGGCGGAGUCUAUACCUUCAGGUUCUAGAAAGUGUUUCCUUAAAUUAAUAUUUAUUGUUUGAAGAGAGAGAAAAAAUAAAUUAUUCAAGUU